AUGGAAAAAGGAGAGCAUUUGGGGAAAGAUAAUAUAACUACAUUUGAGGAAGUUCCCUUGGAGCCUGUGGAAGAACAACAACAAUCUUUGACUACCAACAACGCAUUUGUCCAAGCUUUCAAUAUGGAUUAUGUAACUGUUCAAGCAACAUUGAUUGAAGAUCUGGAACAAAAUAAGAGGGGAAAAUCAACAAUACAAUCUAAUUCAACAUUACAGGAGGAGUUGCCUCCAGAGGGUUUUCUUAAGAUGAAUGCAGAUGGAGGAUCUCAUGGAAAUCCUGGAGAGGCUGUGAAAGGAGCAGUUUUACGUAAUCAGUGGGGUCAGGUGGUUGUUGCAAGGUUCAAAGACUCUUCUGUUAGCAAGUUGGACAUUCAUCUUCUAUCACUCAGUAGCGCUGAAUUUGUUCAGAACAUUGGGUUGUCGAUGGUUUUUCUUUCUCAGGGAUAUAAAGAGUCUGGGACAGCCCCUCAUUUCAGAAUUUUCUCUGAAGACCAAAUGCAUUACUGCUCAGAAAGGCUAAUUGGCCUUUUGAUACGUGAAACAAGUUAUCAAUUG